CGAGCGCAUCACAGUGAACUGCAUCUGACAGCUUGCCAGGUUGGAGCAGGAGAAAAAACACCACACACAAGAGAGUAAACGACCGGUGGAACAGACCCGCUGUAAUUUUCACAAACCGAGCAGCAUCUAAAUCCACCCCGUAGAGACAAUAAAGAAAAGAAAGGAGGGAUCUUUCGCGGUUACAGUCCUCCCACAAAGCUCGCAUGUAUGGAAGGAUAAUGUUUUUGUUUUAACGCCCCAGAUGAUUGCGUACCAGGGGUAGCUAUUGAAAUACGCAAAAACCUGCCGCUUCGUUGGAUUUUCCUCCGAGACUGAGGCCAUGAAUUCCGCGGAGCAGACGGUCACUUGGCUGAUCACACUCGGGGUGCUGGAGUCUCCGAAAAAGACUAUAUCGGAUCCAGAGGCAUUUUUACAGACCUCCCUCAAGGAUGGGGUGGUCUUGUGCAGACUGCUGGAGCGGCUGAGCCCGGGCUCCAUGGACAAAAUCUACCAAGAACCGAAGAACGACGGCGAGUGCUUGAGCAACAUAAAGGAGUUUCUCAAAGGCUGCACUUCGUUUCGCGUAGAGCUGUUUGAGCCCAAUGAUCUGCUCCUAGGACUGAACUUCUCCAAGAUACUCAGCAGUCUGGUGGCUCUCAACAAAGUGACUGCAGACAUUGGAGUGGGCAGUGACAGUGUCUGUGCCCGUCACUCGUCAGCCUAUCGGAUCAAGUCGUUUGAGUCUCUGGCCUCCCAGUCAUCACUGGGUCGAUCCUCCAAGCUGCUUCAGAACCAGUUCCGCAGCCUGGACAUGUCUGAGGGCAGCGGGACGCAGCUAUUGGUCAAGGCUCGCUUCAACUUUGAACAAACCAAUGAGGACGAGCUGUCCUUCAACAAGGGGGAUGUCAUCAAUGUGACACGCCAGGAGGAGGGCGGCUGGUGGGAGGGGAACUUCAACGGCAAGACCGGCUGGUUCCCUAGCAACUAUGUCCGUGAGAUCAAAGGCUGUGACAAACAAGUGUCCCCCAAAUCUGGGACCCUCAAGAGCCCCCCAAAAGGCGUUGACACUACGGCCAUUAGCAAGACCUACUACAACCUGGUGCUGCAGAACAUUCUAGAAACAGAGACAGAAUAUUCCAAGGACCUCCAGAGCCUUCUGACCAACUACCUGCGAUCACUCCAGAGCACAGAGAAACUGAGCAGUACAGAUGUGUACCUGAUCCUGGGGAACCUGGAGGAUAUCAACACCUUCCAGCAGAUGCUCGUCCAAUCACUGGAGGAGUGCACCAAACUUCCAGAGAGCCAGCAGAGGGUAGGGGGAUUCUUCAUGAACCUGAUGCCCCAGAUGAAGGCUCUCUAUGUGGGUUACUGCUCCAACCACCCCUCGGCAGUCAACGUGCUCACCCAGCACAGUGAGGAGCUGGGGGAGUUUAUGGAGGGGAAGGGAGCCAGUAGUCCAGGUAUCCUGACCCUGACCACAGGUCUCAGUAAACCCUUCAUGAGGCUGGACAAAUACCCUACACUAACGAAGGAACUGGAGAGACACAUGGAGGAGAGUCACCCCGACUGGCCAGACAUCCAGAAGUGUAUGACAACGUUCAAGAGCCUCUCGGCCCAGUGCCAGGAGGUGAGGAAGAGGAAGGAGCUGGAGCUGCAGAUAGUGACUGAGUCCAUCAGACUGUGGGAGGGAGACGACAUCAGGACACUGGGCUCUGUUCUCUACAUGAGUCAGGCUCUGGUUAACAGCCCUGGAGCAGAGGAGAAGUGUGAGCGCUACCUCAUGCUUUUCCCUCAUGUCCUCCUCAUGCUGUCUGCCAGUCCAAGGAUGAGUGGCUUCAUAUUCCAGGGGAAGCUACCAUUGACUGGUAUGACUGUGACCAUGCUAGAGGACAGUGAGGGCCACAAAAACUCCUUUGAGCUUUCUGGCAGUCUAUUUGAGCGUCUCCAGGUUGUGUGUAACAAUCAGCAGGAUCAGCAGGACUGGGUAGACCACCUGACCCGUCAUACCAAACACACCACUGUCCCCAGCCACAAACCCCUCACUGUCCCCUGCCACACGUUGCCCUCCCAUCCUCUGACUCCGUCCCGUCACGGGGAGUGCCGGGCGAUGACGGUGGCUCCUGCCUACCACACCCUGCCACACCCCUCCUCCCACGGGGCUCCACACAGCACCAUGAUGUGGGGGCCCCUUGAGCCCCCCAACACCCCCAAGCCCUGGAGCCUCAGCUGCCUGCGUCCCUCACCCCCUCUCAGGCCCUCUGCAGCUCUCUCCUACAAGGAGGACCUCAGUAAAAGCCCUAAGAGUGUGAAGAAGCUUCUUCCUAAACGUAAACCAGAGCGAAAACAGUCAGACGAGGAGUUUGCCCUGAGGAAGAGUACAGCAGCUCUAGAGGAAGAUGCUCAGAUCUUAAAGGUGAUAGAAGCUUACUGUACCAGCGCCAAGACCAGACAGACCCUCAACUCCACCUGGCAGGGCACUGACCUGAUGCACAACCACGUGCUGGGGGACUUGGACCGGUCCUGUGUGGACUCUCCAGGCCACCGUAGCAGCGUGUCACGGCCUGACGUGACUGGCUCAGACCUGUCGGAGGACUCUGACUACGACUCUGUGUGGACGACCCACAGUUACAGGAUGGGCUCAGUGUCGCGGACAAUGCGGAGGGACACAGGGCUGCAAGUCAUCAUCCCUGGAGAGGAGAAGAUCAUUGUGGAGGAGACCACGAGCAACGGACAGACUGUAGUCGGAGAGAAGAGCCUUGACGAUGUAGUGUACGCCCUGAGGGACGAGGUACAGGAGCUCAAACAGGACAAUAAGAAGAUGAAGAGGUCACUGGAGGAGGAGCAGAGGGCACGGAAAGAUCUGGAGAAAGUGGUCAGGAGGGUCUUAAAGACUAUGAACGACCCCACCUGGGACGAGACUAACUUAUGAGGUGUGUGUGUGCUUUUGAGAGGGUGUGAGAGUGAAUUGUGUGUGUGUGUGUGUGUGUGUGGUGUGCUAGUGUGUGAUGGAGAAACAUGUGUGAGUGUGAAUGAGUGUUUGCUUGCGGAAACGUGGUUGUGUGUGUGUGUGUGUGUGUGUGUGUGUGUGUGUGUGUGUGUGUGUGUGUGUGUGUGUGUGUGUGUGUGUGUGUGUGUGUGUGUGUGUGUGUGUGUGUGUGUGUGUGUGUGUAACUAGGACCCUGAGUUUUCCCUGGUCAGGUCACAUGGCUAGGAAAAAGUUGUGGCUCCACCAAUUACAAUGAGGAACGUCUGUGGAUCUCUCCCUAAACCAACAUGGACCUGGAGUCUUCCCUCUCUCCCUCCCUCCGUCUCUGUUUACAAAUGAUACUCAGCAAAGCAUUACAGCUCCAAUGGUACUGUACAAAACAACUCCUCAUUCACCUCUUCUCUACUGUUAUUUAAUUACUAUGAAAUCUAUCCGUUUUAAUGUCUUAUAUUUCCAUUGUCUUGUGGUAUUCUGUGUAAGGACUUGUAGCGGCCUGCCUUGUGGUUGGGCCUUGUGUUGUCAUUGAUCGGUGGGUCAGUGGGGAUUUGUAAAGAAAUGGACUGGCUGGUGUUGGUACUGACUGGUAUUGGUAUUGACUGGUAUUGGUACCUUCAAGCAUUGGUACUGAAUGGUAUUGGUAUUGGUACUGACUGGUAUUGAUAUUGGUACUGACUGAUAUUGAUAUUGGUACUGACUGGUAUUGAUAUUGGUACUGACUGGUAUUGAUAUUGGUACUGACUGGUAUUGAUAUUGAUAUUUGUACUGACUGGUAUUGGUACUGACUGGUAUUGAUAUUGGUACUGACUGGUAUUGAUAUUGGUACUGACUAGUAUUGAUAUUGGUACUGACUGGUAUUGAUAUUGGUACUGACUGGUAUUGAUAUUGGUACUGACUGGUAUUGAUAUUGGUACUGACUGGUAUUGAUAUUGGUACUGACUGGUAUUGAUAUUGGUACUGGCUGGUAUUGAUAUUGGUAUUGGUACUGACUGGUAUUGAUAUUGAUAUUUGUACUGACUGGUAUUGAUAUUGGUACUGACUGGUAUUGAUAUUGUUACUGACUGGUAUUGAUAUUGUUACUGACUGGUAUUGGUAUUGAUAUUGGUACUGACUGGUAUUGAUAUUGGUACUGACUGGUAUUGGUAUUGAUAUUUGUACUGUCUCGUAUUGAUAUUGGUACUGACUGGUAUUGAUAUUGGUACUGACUGGUAUUGAUAUUGGUACUGACUGGUAUUGAUAUUGGUACUGACUGGUAUUGAUAUUGGUACUGACUGGUAUUGAUAUUGGUACUGGCUGGUAUUGAUAUUGGUAUUGGUACUGACUGGUAUUGAUAUUGAUAUUUGUACUGACUGGUAUUGAUAUUGGUAUUGGUACUGACUUGUAUUGAUAUUGGUAUUGGUACUGACUUGUAUUGAUAUUGAUAUUUGUAUUUGUAUUGGUACUGACUGGUAUUGAUAUUGGUACUGGCAGUUAUUGAUAUUGGUACAGACUGGUAUUGAUAUUGGUACUGACUGGUAUUGAUAUUGAUACUGGCUGGUAUUGAUAUUGGUACCGACUGGUAUUGGUACUGACUGGUAUUGAUAUUGGUACUGACUGGUAUUGAUAUUGAUACUGGCUGGUAUUGAUAUUGGUAUUUAUACUGACUGAUAUUGAUAUUGGUAUUUAUACUGUCUGGUAUCGAUAUUGGUACUGACUGGUAUUGGUAUUGAUAUUGGUAUUUAAAAUGUCUGGUAUUGAUAUUGGUACUGACUCAUAUUGAUAUUGGUACUGACUGGUAUUGAUAUUGAUAUUUAUACUGGCUGGUAUUGAUAUUGGUAUUUAUACUGGCUGAUAUUGAUAUUGGUAUUUAUACUGGCUGAUAUUGAUAUUUAUACCGGCUGGUAUUGAUAUUGGUACUGACUGGUAAUGGUACUGACUGGUAUUGAUAUUGGUACUGACUGGUAUUGAUAUUGAUAUUGGUAUUUAUACUGUCUGGUAUUGAUAUUGGUAUUUAUACUUGUCUGGUAUUGAUAUUGGUAUUUAUACUGUCUGGUAUUGAUAUUGAUAUUUAUACUGGCUGGUAUUGAUAUUGGUAUUUAUACUGACUGAUAUUGAUAUUGGUAUUUAUACUGUCCGUUAUUGAUAUUGAUAUUUAUACUGUCUGGUAUUGAUAUUGGUACUGACUGGUAUUGAUAUUGGUAUUUAUACUGUCUGGUAUUGAUAUUGGUACUGUCUGGUAUUGAUAUUGGUACUGACUGGUAUUGAUAUUGGUAUUUAUACUGACUGGUAUUGAUAUUGGUACUGACUGGUAUUGAUAUUGGUAUUUAUACUGUCUGGUAUUGAUAUUGGUAUUUAUACUGUCUGGUAUUGAUAUUGGUAUUUAUACUGUCUGGUAUUGAUAUUGGUACUGACUGGUAUUGAUAUUGGUAUUUAUACUGUCUGGUAUUGAUAUUGGUACUGACUGGUAUUGAUAUUGGUACGGUCUGGUAUUGAUAUUGGUACUGACUGGUAUUGAUAUUGGUACUGACUGGUAUUGAUAUUGGUAUUAAUACUGGCUGGUAUUGGUACUGCCUGGUACUGGUACGCUUUGAUGUAAAUAUGAACAUUGCUAAGGUAUGAAAUAAAAUGUGUUUUCAGCGA